GUGCGGAACAGUUAUUGCAAUGCGUCGUACUCGCAAGGUGUGCAUACACGUGAUGUCAGAUUCUGCCGGUGCGAAGGGUAUUUCUUAUCACUGCGUCUGCGCGUUCAUGGUGACGUUCUCAUUGGCUUUUAACACGAUAAGGCACAAGAGCCGUUUGCUGCAAGCCGGCGGGUGCAACAUUCUGAAAGCGCAAACAGUUGCUCGGCAGCUCCUCUUGCAGGUUAACUUGCGCUAUGGACGCGCCACGCAGACGCUUGCAGGGCGCGCGAGACAUCGUUGCCGGCUUCCCGAACGAAGUCCGUGGUCGUAUAGAUCAGUUGGCGCUACAACACCCGCAUUACUGGCAUUACGUUCAAGCUUUCGUGAUUUUAUUGUUGUUUUCGUUUUAUGUCUACUUUACUACCUCACUCCUAUUAUGGUCGCCUUUCAGAAUUAGAGACAUUGACCAGCAGACGGUAAAUGUUUCACAGCCCAUUGAGACACCGGAAAUACUACUGUGGUCAUCCUCCGGAUUCCCAUGGGAUAAUACGACAAUCCCGAGCCGCAGAGAAUUCCUGACGUUGCCGUGUGUGCCUAACGGUACCAACGUCUGCCACGUCACUAGAAGCCGCGACGCCAUCCACAAAAGCGACGCCAUCGUAUUCAACGCUGAGAGUGCUGACUCGACGGAUUUGCCCUCGGCCCGCCACCGUGAUCAGGUAUGGGUGUUUUUGACAACUGGCUCGCCCCGCCGGCCAAUUCCACAGCUCCUCUUGCAGUCGACGCCACUAUUCAACUGGACCAUGUCACUCCGGGAAGACGCCGACAUCGUGGCACCCUACAGGUUAUGGGACGACACAAGUACAAAUAAUUUUGCAUCGAGCUUGCAGCUGACCUUUGGCGACAAAAUUGCGACCGCCUUCUGGAUGAUAAGCGAGUGUGAACAAGAAAAAUUGAAACGCACCAGUGGCUCUCCGCUUGUCGACAAUCGCUGGAGUGGAACCGAAAAUUUCAUAGAUUCUGUUCUACGCAACUUCGACGUUAACCUCAUCAACGACUGCGGUGCCAAUAUUUGCGCGUCUACGGGCGAUUGUCUGAGUUUGCUGCAAUACAUUCAUUUUUUUGUGAUCGUAAUGGAAUCUUCACCUUGUUUUGAGCACCCGGCGGAAUUGAUCUACGCUUCGUUGAAUUACGACAUUAUACCUGUGCUUUUCGGCGUCGGAAAAUUUAAGCACUCGUUGCCACCUCAUUCCUUCGUCGAUACCACAAAUCUAUCUCCUGAGGACACUAUCAGCGUACUCAAAAGCAUUAGCAGAUCGCCACAUUUUUACGCCGAUUUUAUGGCAAAGCGACGCGAGUUUUCUGUUCGCAAGCCACCAAUUUUGUGCGCUUUGUGCAGUGCUAUGUUCGCUCCACCAAAAAAAUCGUGGCAUGGUGACCUUGUACACUGGUGGCAAAGACGUUCAACAUGCUCCUCCAGUUUCACGCUAGAGACUGCCUAUGGGAACACUACCCAGCACUUAAAUACCAGUGAUGGUACUCGCGCAUGACAGGUGGUGACUUACAAUAUAUCGUUGCAUUUUGCGAAGUAGUGGUGACGCUAAUGAGUGCUGAUGAUCACGUUCGGUGCCAGCGCAGGAACUUAUACAUGCAGCAAACUUCGCAGAGGCUUGUGUUAACGUGAAGGCGUUUUUUAUGCGCAAGCAUGAAAUAGCCCAUUGAGGGAAGUGACCGGCAUUUUCACAAGAGAACUGCCGGAAAAAGGCCAAAUCCGCUUCCUGGACCUUGCACUACACCUCCAGGAAGGGCACACGUGUUGGAUGUAUGCCCCGCUUUCCAAAAAAACACCUUCUCCCCUAUACAUCCGACCAUUCUAAAGUGGUGGAACGCUCCAUCGCCCUAGGGGCCCUUAGAAA